ACGAAUUACGAAUCCAAAACAAUAAUAAACAGCUACUUAAUUACGUAUUUGAAUAAAGAUGAGUUAAACAACAAUUUUAAGCCACGUGUACUUGUCGCUAAAUAGGCGUCUUACGAUAAUCAAGAAGGCCGGUGGUGGUUCUGGUUUGCUACUUACGCCUGAAAAGUAAAUAGAUACCCAGAACUGAACUAUUUACAAUGGAAACUACAGAAAACAGUAGUGCUAUGAAAGCCUGGCUAGCGGAGUCUCCGAGAUGGACCACAUUUCGGAUAAAUAAGUUGAAGAUGUUCAGUAUAAGUGUUCUUCAAAAUUAUUUAACUGCUCAAGGGAAAGAGCUCGAUACUACAAAUAUACCAGAGUAUUACUUCUUGAGAUCAGAUUGCCUCAUACUUGGGCAAUGGCCUGAGAAAGUGAAUUUAGAAAAGACAGGGAAAGAAGUAAUUGUUGAUGCUCUGUGUGCUGCUGCUGUGCUGAGGGGAGCCCAUGUAUUUGCUCCUGGGGUGAUGGGCCUACCUGUAAACCUGAAAUUGGGAGACAGAGUAGAUAUUUAUGGAGAUUUAGAAGGCCACUGCAAAAGAGGUUUGAAAGUGAACUAUGCAGGAAAAAAGCUGUAUGUGGGGACAGGGUAUCUGAAAAUGUUACGAGCAGAUUUAUUUGACAAUGGAGUUCAACCAAGUGGUAUAGCCAUACACACUAUUCUGCCAGCCUCCAAGUUGCCAGUCGUCAAUGAGAGUAUUUAUUCAAAAGGAGAAGUACUUCUACAAAAUCUGCCUUCUAUUGUUUGUGGGUGGGUCAUGGAUGCUAAGCCCAAGGAACAUAUUCUGGAUAUGUGUGCAGCUCCUGGCAAUAAAACAACUCAUUUAGCUGAAAUGUCUAAUGAUCAGGCUCUUAUUAUAGCAUUAGAUAAGACACCACAGAAGGCUGCAAAAAUUAGAGAAAACUGUGAUAUUCAAGGAGUUACUUGUGUUACAGCUUACGCUUUUGACUCAACCAAGUGUUGUUCAGAAGAGAGUAAAGGAAUUAACAGUGGACCUCCUUUUCCACCAAAUAGUUUUGAUAAAGUGCUUCUAGACGCUCCUUGUAGUGGAUUGGGUCAAAGACCACAAUUAAUGAACAAAAUGACACCUAAAAUGAUAAGUUCUUAUAAGUUUGUUCAGCGAAAAUUGUUAGCAGAAGCUGUCAAAGUAUUAAAAGUGGGCGGAAAAUUAGUAUACAGUACAUGUACUAUAACAGUUGAUGAAAAUGAAGCCAUGGUUGCAUGGGCACUUGAAAAGUUCCCAUGUUUAAAACUAAUUCCUGCAGAACCAAUACUAGGUGGCCCGGGGUUACCUGACAGAGGUCUAAAUGAUGAACAAAGAUUGAUGGUACAGAGGUUUGGUCCAGAACAUCAAGAUCUUAGACCAGUAGAGCCUAUCUUCAGAGAUACAAUAGGUUUUUUUAUAGCAGCAUUUAUGAAGGUUCAAUAAACAUCUGAUACUAGACAACAAAAAUAGAGGAAGUAACUUUAUAUUAUGUACGCAAAUUAUUUUAUAAAUAGACCUUUAACCCUAAA